CUUUGAAUUUGGAAUUGGGAGCUGUAAAAAAUAUAUUAUCCAUUGAAGGAAUGCUCAGCCGUUUUCAUGAUUGAGGAGACAAAUGCCCAUCCUCAAGGCCAUCCACCAUCUAAAUAUCUAAUUCUUGUAAAUGGACCUUCCACUAAUAGCAUUAGCAGCUCAUACAAAUUCAACUGCUUGAGCGUCAUUCUCUGCAACUUAGAGCAACAUCUUUCCAACAUGGAAACUACUACAAGUGUUUACUUCAUAGCAACUUGUGUGCUAUUGUCAAUAUCUACUUCUUGUCUGCAGGUUGAUGGGGGCAAAGACAUUGAGAGAGAAGCACUUCUUGCUUUUAAAGAAGGCCUCACUGAUCCUUCUGGCAGGCUUUCCUUCUGGGUUGGUGCUGAUUGCUGCAACUGGAGAGGUAUUGGGUGUGAUAACCAAACUGGCCAAGUCAACAAACUCGACCUCAGAAAUCCAUUUCAAUUCAUCAAUGGAGGUGUGGCUGAUCCUGAUGCCUAUAAAAGAUCUUGUUUGGGCGGUAAGAUUGACGCUUCUUUGCUUCGCCUGCGGGAUUUAAAUCAUUUGGAUUUGAGCUUGAAUGACUUCGAAGGUACACAAAUUCCCGAGUUUCUUGGCAAGCUAAGAAAUCUGAGGUAUCUCAAUAUUUCUUUUGCAUCCUUUGGUGGAGAAGUUCCAUCUCAUCUUGGAAACUUGUCGAGUCUGCAGGAGCUUGAUCUCUAUGCAGACUCUUAUGGCAGCGCAGGCACUUGGGAAUUACAUGCAGAGAAUCUGCAGUGGCUCACAGGUCUUUCAUCCUUGAAAGUCCUCAACUUGGGAUUUGUGAAACUCAAUGAUAUUGGUGCAGAUUGGCUGCAAGCAGUCAAUAUGCUUCCUUCCUUGGAGGAGUUGAACUUACAUUGGUGUGAACUUCAGGGGGGGCUUCCACUCUCACUAUCAGUCAUCAACUUCACUUCCCUUUCAGUACUUGAUUUGUCUGAAAACUCUUUCAACUCUCUAAUGCCUCAAUGGUUUUUCAAUCUGACUAGCCUUACAGAACUUCACCUCAGAUGGAACUUCUUUAAUGGUCCUAUUCCUGCUGACUUUGCAAAGCUGGAGUCUCUAGAGGUCGUUGAUUUAGCUGACAAUUUGUAUCUGGAGGGUCAAAUUCCGGGACUAUUUGGUCAUCUAAGGAAGCUAAAGGUUUUAGAUCUAUCGGGAAACAAUUUUGGUGGUGAGACGGAUGAGUUUUUUGGUGGUUUUUCAGGUAGCCUAAACAAUAGCUUAGUCUCACUGGACCUGAGUUCAAAUUCCCUGGGAGGGAUAUUACCUGACUCAAUAGGUGUGCUUAAGAAUUUGCAGCAUCUUCUCCUUUCUAGCAACUCUUUUUGGGGUUCCCUUCCGGAAUCCAUCCGGGGCCUGUCAUCUUUGGAAAAAUUGGACCUCUCUUUCAAUAAGAUGGAUGGGACUAUUCCGGAAAGUUUCGGAGAGCUAGUGGAGUUAGAUGAGGCAAACCUCAUUGCAAAUUCCUGGGAAGGAGUUGUGCAAGAAUCACACUUGAUGAACCUACGAAGAUUAGAGACCUUUCUUCUUACAACAGACUCAAAGAGGCCUCUGGUUUUCAAUGUGUCCAGUAAAUGGGUUCCUCCUUUCAGGCUUAAAUCUAUCAAACUUGAAAACUGCCUGGUAGGUCCUGUCUUUCCCAUGUGGCUUCAAAUCCAAACUGGACUAACCUCUGUUACUCUGAGAAACGUUGGCAUAUCAGACACAAUACCAGCUCAAUGGUUCUCAAAAUUGUCUCCUCAAAUCACCUAUUUGGUUCUAUCAAACAACCAAAUCAAAGGCAUGCUUCCACACCAAUUGCAAUCUCCGAAUCUGAACUUCAUUGAUUUAAGCUCUAAUCAGUUUGAGGGUCCUCUUCCACUUUGGUCCACUAAUGCAACCCGAAUUUCUCUUCAAGAAAAUCUAUUUUCAGGACCAAUCCCACAGAAUAUUGAAGAGCUAAUGCCAAGACUAGAAUAUCUAUGUCUUUCGUCGAACCAUCUCAAUGGUACAAUCCCAUCAUCCAUGUGUAAUAUGACCAGCUUGCAAGUUCUUUCCCUCCGCAGCAAUCACUUUUCCGGAGACCUUCCCAACUGUUGGUACCAACAGCAAAUGUUGUGGGGUAUUGAUUUAUCAAAGAACAGUUUAACUGGCAAAAUCCCAAGUUCAUUUGCAUUGCUAGCUUCCCUCAGUGUGCUGAUGCUGGCUGACAAUAAUCUUGAAGGGGAAAUCACUCCUUUGCAAAACCGCUCAGGAUUGACGAGUAUCGAUCUGCGAGGGAACAAAUUCUCAGGUAGUCUGCCAUUGUGGAUAGGAGAAAAACAGUCCUUGUUUAUGCUACGUCUUCAGUCCAACUUGUUCAGUGGACCUAUCCCAGAUGAGUUAUGUAAUCCUCCCAAUCUUCACAUCAUAGACUUUUCUCACAACAAACUGUCCGGAGGCAUUCCCAAGUGCACUGGCAACAUACAUGCCUUGGUCUAUGGUAAUAACAGUGAGACAUUUGAACGGCUAGUAAGGGUCGUAUUGCAGGGAAGAAUUGAUGAGUACAGCAGCAUUGUUGAAAAUUCUAAUAGCAUUGACCUUUCAGGCAAUAAUCUAACGGGAGGGAUUCCUAGUGAAAUAACAAGCCUUUCAGGAUUGCGGAUCUUAAAUUUAUCGAAUAAUUAUAUCAGUGGGAGGAUUCUUGAGAACAUUGGAGACUUACAGAAGCUGGAAAAGCUGGACCUUUCAAGAAACCACCUUUCUGGUUCAAUUCCCCCGAGCUUGGCUUCUUUGAAUUCCUUAAUGCGGUUGAACUUAUCUUACAACAACUUGGAAGGAAGAAUUCCCACUGACCUUCAUAAAUUCAACGAUCCAUCCAUUUAUGAGGGUAAUCCAUCACUAUGCGGGGAACCUCUUCCAAACAAGUGUCCAUGAAGCGAGAUAUCUACCAAAGAUAAGGCCAUAAGGAGUGGCUAAAGAGGGAAAAAAAUUGGCCGUGCUUCAAGGGCUAUGUUUAUCAACGGAUUGCUCCAACUUUUUUCUAUUGGAUUGUGAGAAGUUAAUUAAUUACAUCUUUUAUGAACUAUUUAUAGUUAGCUUUACAUUUUAUCAAAACCCAGGGUCGAACAAAUUAAGUUGCUAUUGUGUUUGUAUUUUGUGAGAGUUGACACAAGAAU